GCCAGAUGGAGGAGGACACAGCAGGAAGGCUCACUUACGGUCAGUGCCGAAGGAGGAUGCUGAGCUGGCUUCCUGGAGACCUCAACCACAAGACAGAAAAGGAGAGAGAGGCAGAGAGAGAGAGAGAGAGAGCAUGUGGGGCUGCACCAAAACCAUGCCUCCAAGCAACUAAGAAAGGUGGUGGGAGACAGGCCUGUCCAACUCCACGGCUCCUAAGCCCAUGAUGCGACCACUUGGUGUAUGAGAAGGAUGAAGGUGCUCUACACACUCUUGACAACACUCUCCUUGGCAGCGCCUGGACAAGCCCAAGUGAAGCCAACAGGUCCUCCCACCAGCCUGGAGAGCAGCAUCACUGGAGAUGCCUCUGUGGAGCCAGGUGUCCUUGGCAUGGCUGGACUUCGCCUGGCAAAUGGCAGCAGCCACUGUAGGGGAACAGUGCAGGCACUGCACCGUGGGCAGUGGAUACCAGUGUGCCAGGAGUCCUGGAGCGUUGCCAUGUCUCAUGCUCUCUGCAAGCGCCUGCACUGUGGAGAUGCAGUGGAGUCUGAUGUGGCAGAUGCUCCUGCUGCGGUGCCAGCUCCCUUCAGUGAUGGAGCCAUCCCCUCUGCACGCAACAUCUGUGUAGCUGUGAUGGCCAACUGCAGUGGCUGGGACAGGGGGCUCUGCCUGCUGAAGCUGGCCACUGUGCCCCACUGCUGCAGAGCAGGGCUGGCUUGGGUCACCUGCACAGGUCCCCAUAGGUUGCGGCUUGCUGGCGGCAGGAGCCAUUGUGAAGGCCGGGUGGAGAUGGAGCAGGCAGGCGAGUGGGGCACAGUCUGUGAUGACGCCUGGGACCCUGCUGACGCCAAUGUGGUGUGCCAUCAAUUGCGGUGUGGCUGGGCCUUACAUGCACGAGACAAUGCCUCCUUUGGCCGGGGCAGUGGGCUCAUCCUCCGGGACGAUGUGAGCUGUGAAGGGCACGAAGACCAUCUGUGGGACUGCCCUGCCACCCAGAAGCACGACUGCAGCCACAAGGAAGAUGCUGGUGUGGUGUGCUCAGAGCACCAGCAGUGGCAGCUCUCCGGGGGCCGGGAUGGCUGUGCGGGCCGGGUCGAGGUCUUCUUCAGGGGCACAUGGAGCACGGUGUGUGACAGCACGUGGUAUGAGAUGGAGGCCAGUGUGCUAUGCCACAUGCUAGGCUGUGGGCCACCCCUUGAGCGUCCCUCCUUCAACCACACGCUGCCCAGCAAGAUGCUCUACGAGUGCACGAGCCUGCAACCAUCACUGGCCUACUGCAAGUGGACCUACAACAAGUCAGCUCCCUGCCACCAGUCCCAAGCAGCUGGUGUGAUCUGCAAUGGCUCCCAGGGCUUGCAAACACCAGCCCCAAUGGAAGUGUUGAAACCAAGCAGCGUGACACACCUGAGCAAUGAGGACUCCCCGAGUGAGAUGGCCCAGAUCCCUUUGCAAACACAGCUCUUCAUCCUGUGCCUGGUUCUGGGAGCACUGCUCCUGCUUACCACUCUGGCUUUCAUCAUCACCCUGCUGAGGAUGAGGAAGAUGAACACCCACACUGUGGCCUCUUCCUCGCUAGCCAGGCCGGUCCUGGUGACCCACAGCACACAGGGCCCUGGCAUGCCCUCUGGGCUCUCCAAUGACUACAGGGAGAUGCCCCCCAGUCUCCAAAAAGGACAAGACGUGCCGGUUACAUCCCUUCUGACAGCCAAGGACUCAGACUCUGAAUCUGACUACGAACACUACGACUUCAGCAGCAAGCCACCUGUUGCUCUCUCCACCUUCUUCAGCUCCCUGCGACGUCAGCCAGGGGGGCAGUUGCUCUCACUGAUGCCAAGCCAGGCAGGGACACUCCCUGCAGAUGGUAUGAAGGGCCCUGGGGUUGUCCUGGGGAGUGGGGCAUGCUUGGUGAGGCUGCUACUCUGCUCUGCAGCACCAUCUAUCUGCCCAUCCUGUACAGUGGGCACAGCUCUGGGCAGGCGUGCAGAGACAGCCAUGCUGCCCACCCAGCCCUGCAACAGGGCAAGCAGCUCCUCCAGCUCGUGCGCCUCCACAGAGCCCUACUGCAACAACAACAGGGCCCACCCAUACCCCUGGGCCUGCCCGCAGCCCCCAGCUGACAGCGCCUGCCUGCAUGCAGCACACCCCAUGCACAGCAGCACCGAAUACCAUCACACAGAGCCUAAUCCUGCUGACAGCUCCAGCACCUCAUCGGAGGAGUGGUAUGAGAAUGUGCAGGGUGCAGAGCCAGCCAGGGACCCAUCCACAUGCUCUGGCUGGCCAGCUCCUUCCUGCCCUUCAGGAGGAUGUACUCAGGACCCUGACACCUCUGAGGGCAGUGACUACGAUGACAUCCAGGCCUCUGUCUACUGAGGCUGGCAACUGGGCAUCUCUGGGCUGCCUGUUGCCCUCCAUCUGUCCAGCUCCAAGGUCUUGGCUGCUCCAACACCACAAGACUAGCAUCCGAAGAAGAAAGCCUUAGUCCAGGCCAAUGCCUGGACAGAGAGAGACAGCCAACAACCUGCCCCCCAAAGAACCAGCACAUCCAGAAACCAGUCCCUUGCAGCCUGGGCCUGACCUGUCUGCAAUACUGUGGAGCAGUUGGAUGGUGGGUGGGGAUGCGCUGCGGUGUGGGGCUAAGCUGGCUCCAUGGACAGCAAAGGAGGGCACAGCCUCCCAGGUGGGACCACUUGGCAUCUCAUUGUGGUCAUCUCUCUGGGCAUCUUCUCUGGACACUUCCUCCGUGCUGUGCGGGGACACCAGGCCCAAUGGCAUGCUUAGAUAGGACAGGAAUGCUUAGAGCAGGUGAGGUGGGGUUCUGUGCUGGGCUCCAUACUGCAAUUAAAAGCUUUUCCCAGUG